AUGACUGCCGCCAAAAGACGUGCGAGCAGCAGCAACAGCAGCGGCAGCAGCAACACUAGCGGCAGCAGUAAUGGCAACGAGCAGCACUCCCAGCAGCAACAUCUGCAGCUGCAACAGCAGCAACAGCAGCAUGCCCAGACAAACGAGUACCAACAGUUGCUGCAGCAUCCCCACCAUCACUAUCAGCAACACUACAACGGCGACAGCAACACCAGCGGCAGCAACAGCAACAGCAGCAACACGCAGCAAUACCACCAGAGACAGCAGCAACAUCAGGCGACAUUGCGCGACUGCUCCGUCAAAUUGCCGCUGGAUAUCCUAUGGCUCCCGAAAUCGGCAAUGCGGCCAGCGGGUCCUGAUACCUCGCCCACGGACUGCAUCCUGGUGGUGGGCGUUUCCCGUCCAAAAUUGGCCGUCGUCUUCCUUACGGUCAUGUUGAUCUCGCUGUUCCUCACCUUCCACGUCCUGUACGAUAGUGCCGUGUACAAUAUCCAAGCGGCCCAGGCUGUCCACGAAAGGCAUCGUCUAUCUAUGACCGCCUCCGCAUCGGCUCUGGCAUCCUCCUCCUCAUCGUCGUCCAGUUCCGGCGGCUCCUUCUCCUUCUCCUCCUCCGCCGGUGGCGCCUCCAAUCAUCUGCCCGUGUUCGUAAAGCCCGUGCCCAGCUCCAAUCAGCUCAGCCAUCCCAUGGUCUUUCCCUCCAGCCGUGUGCACUUUCCAAAAACCAGUCGACGGUUGCCGCAGGCACUCAUCAUCGGUGUGCGAAAGUGUGGAACACGGGCGUUGUUGGAGAUGCUCUACCUGCAUCCGCGGAUCCAGAAGGCCGGUGGCGAGGUGCACUUCUUCGACCGGGACGAGAACUACCUGAAGGGCCUGGAGUGGUACCGCAAGAAGAUGCCACACUCGUUCCGUGGCCAGAUAACCAUCGAGAAGAGUCCCAGCUACUUUGUGUCGCCAGAGGUGCCGGAACGCGUACGGGCCAUGAACGCGAGCAUCAAGCUGCUCCUGAUUGUCCGUGAGCCGGUGACCCGGGCCAUUUCGGACUACACGCAGCUGCGUAGCCAUGCGGCCACCGCCAUUCUGCCGUUGGCCGAGAAGGAUCCACCGAGUCCGAAGGAGAGUUCUGGCGGUGGGGCAGGUGGUGGUGGUGCUGGUGGUGGGGGAAGCGGGACCGCAGCUGCCAAGAUGCCAACACAAUCACUGCUGUAUGCCAAAAUGCAGUCGGCCCGUGGCUAUGACAAUGCCCUGUUGGGUGGCAGUGGGGCGGGCGCCAAGGAGACCAAAGGCAAACCGGUAUCUUCGUCUUUGGUCAGGAGACAGGCGUUGGGUAGUGGCGGUGGUGUCGCUGGAGCUGCGAUGACCACGACUACAAUGUCGCCAAUGGCGAGCGCCGCCCAAAUGGCAGCCAAGUCCUUUGAGGAGCUGGCCAUAUUUCCCAAUGGCACCGUUAACGAGGCUUAUCGACCGCUCAGCAUCUCCAUGUACCAUGUCCACCUCCAUCGCUGGCUGGAGGUCUUUCCGCGGGAGCAGCUGCUGGUGGUCAAUGGGGAUCGCCUCAUCGAAGAUCCGGUUUCUCAGCUGAAACGCAUCGAGGCUUUCUUGGGCAUUGAGCAUCGGGUGAAUAGCGAGCACUUCUACUUCAACGAGACCAAGGGCUUCUACUGUCUGCGCUACGACAACGGGGAUCGCUGCCUCCGGGAGACGAAGGGCAGGAAGCAUCCGCAUGUGGAUCCCGUGGUGGUCUCCAGAUUGCGAAAGUUCUUCGCCGAGUACAAUCAGCGAUUCUACGAGCUUGUCGGCGAGGAUCUCGGCUGGCCGGAGGAGUAAUCUCGUCGUGGCCAAAUUGGCUGGCAAAUGGAGAGCUCUUCGCUGGCCUCGCUGGUCAUAAAUCUGCUGUUGGUCAAACGUUUGGGUCACAGUGCAGCCAAUUUAAUUACAGGCAAGAGCGGCUGAUGGAAAAAAACGAGCAAAGUUAUCCAGGACUUUCAUUUGCCCUUUUCCGUUGCAUACUUUUGCGGGAGGCGGGGCGCAGUAUUUCUGCCUGGCCGAGUCGAGCUACUCUGACAGUUCAAUUAUGUGCGCGUAUUGAAAAAUUGCAUUCCUAUUUUCCCGGGCCAGCCCCACCGCCCACCAUCCCACUGCGAUCCCCAUCACAAUCACCAUCACCACAUGCAAAUUUGCCUUUGCAGCAGCAAAGAACAAGCGAAGGAACAAGGAUCCGCAUAUAAAAAAUAUAUAGUAAAAUAAACUGCACGCAUUUUGCUGUGCAGCAGGCCAUGAAAAUGUGUGUGCAUGAAUGGCGCAUACAUGUCGUGUAUAUAUAUAUAUCAUACAUACAGUAUAUAUAUAUAGCGAAAUGAAAAGCAAUAUCUACAUGAUGUUCGAAGGUUACACGUUUUCUACGUCUGCUUGUGUUCUACAUACUCAUUCUCUCUCCUCGUGUACGUGUGUGUGAGUGAAUGGGAGUGUUCGAGAGGAUAAAAAUUAAUUAAGCAACUAAAUGUGAUUUUAUAGCAUGUAAGCAUAGGACAAAUUGAAAAUGAUUGCGAUUGCUGCUUGUGGAUAUAUGCUGAUUAUGGGUGGGAGGGAGAGAGUGAGAGAUAUGGAAAUGAGGAGUGAAGUGGCAAUUAAAAAUGUAUUUAGACUAACAGUCAGCUGAAUUAAAUGUGUGCGUACAGAAACAUGAACAAAACUAAACAUAUCACAUUUAUCAUAGCAUAGUAUAGUUUAAUAUAGUGUAGUUUAUACACAACAUAAAUACAUAUCAGGGGUACUCGAGGUCCUCAAGAAACUGAAAAUGAUUGAACUAAUGCAAUUGGUGCGUAUGUUACAUAUCAAAAGCUAAACCAACCAUGAAAUCGAAACAUAUCAGCUGCAAACGUUGGCAAAUAUACAAAAAAAGUAAAUAUACAAGCAAAUAUAUAUAUAUACAUAUAUAUUAUAUACAAACGUAUCGUAAACAGUAAGUCGAGCAUCAAAUUUGUUGUAUAUGACUUUGAUUUUGACCUAGUUUGUAGUGCGCGAUGUGUCACGGAAUCGUCAUAGACAAACUUCUAGUUGAAUAUAGCCGUAUUCUAGGUUAAUAUCGCACUGCCUAAACCAAAAAAUAGUUAUGUCUGUUUAGAUAAUUAUACUGCACCCACUUAGUGAUAGGUUUAUCAAAGAUAGUUUUUUAAUGCAUUUUUAAGCCAGAUUAUUUUAUAUUCCUAAAGAGAGAAAAGCAUAUCAAUUACGGCGACUCUACCUAUAGUUAAACAUAAUAUAUACAUAUAUAUAUACAUACACUUACCAGCUGUUUGGCUAACGUUUAAACAUUUCAUAUGCAUAUCAAACUCAAUGUGAAAAACUCAACCUAGGCUAAUACUUUCCGUGACGAUCCAUCCAAUUUCGGUUUACACCAACUUAUACACACUCUUUCAUGGAGAUAUGUGUACGUAUUAAUACCCUUUUGGUUCGAGUACCAGUUCAUAUGGAUCUUCAGCACAGAACUCGACUAGCGCUUAAUCAAUACUAAACAGAAAAUAGACUAUGGAAUGUAUAAAUCUUGUUUUUACAGUGUAUCUCCUUAUAUACAUCCAAUGCUGAUCUCCUAACGACAAUGGAACCACGAAAGGAAUGAAACAAACAAAAAUAUAAAUUCAAAGCAAGACUGAAGGUCCUCCGCAGAAUAUUUUAUUCUCCUACAUUUUUUUUUAAGUCAGUCACUGAGUUGUUUUGAAUUCUGUAAACCAACCGAAAGCAAAUGUAGUAGCAAAGACAACGAACAUUUCUAAUUUGUUUAUAUUUUUAUACAGAUGCGAAAAGUACAUUAACCGAAGUCCAGGAAAGAUAACCGAAAUGGAACCAAUUUCCGUUUUAAAAUAUAUUAUAGUAAUGCGAAAUUAUAUAUUAAUAUACUCAAAGAGCAAUUUGUAGUCACAUUUUGUACUCUAACUUGAACUAAGCCAAUUGCAUACGAAAUACAUAUCAAAAGUUUAACUCAACUCUAGAUCCUCCAUUGAUAUUGAUAUAUUGAUAUAAUUGAUAUUAUUGAUGUAUUGUCUACUUAAAUUGAACGUGCAAAACUCAACAACUAUAAUGUACCUUAAAAAUCAACUCUCUAUUUCUUUAACUUUAACUUAAACUCUAAUGAUAACUCAACUCUUACAACUUAUUCAAACUUUCAAUGUACAUACAUGUACAAAAUAUUCAAAAAUUAAAAAAAAAAACAUAAACCAACUAAUAACGAAACAAAAUCGUAUAGAAAUUUAACAAAUUGUAAGAAAACCAACAAGAAUCAACAUUUUAUGCUAUGGAAAAUUUUACGCAUGCAAUAAAUAAAUGUAAUUCGAAAAACGGAAAA